CACAGUGCUGGACUGAAAACCCUCUCAGCUCUCCGGCUAAGGCCACAAGAGAAGAUGCUUCACCAUUGCUCUCCAUGAGAUUACAGCAAGACUGAGCAGAGGCUGCAGCUGAUGGGCCGCUGCUGCUGCUCUUUCCAUCUUUAUCUGUCUUUUAAUUGGGACGCCGGGGAGAAAUAAAUAGCUCAACACUCACUGUUGGGAGGCAAAUGAAUGGAGCAGACUGACAGGGGAUUUCCCCCAGCUGCCUUUACACCAAUGGAGCUGGACACAAGUUUCCAACUGGCCACAAUGACCAAGACAAAGUAAUUUUCUUUAUUCAUUUUUUUUUUUUUGCUCCAAGAACAUCUCUCUAAAGCCCACAGACUGGCAUUUUUGUGGAUAAAAAACAGUUACAAUUGUGGCCGUAUCUUAGGCUUAAGGAUGUGCUCUAUAGUCCUGAUUCAUCAGUGGAGUCUGGCUGUGUUCUUGCUGUGCUCUCCUGUGACUCUUGAUGGAAAACCAGUUGAAGUACUUAAUGGCAGAAUGAGGAGGUCAGUGAGCCACGCCCAGCUGAUGCAUGACAAGGGGCGCUCCUUACAGGAAUUCAAGCGUCGCAUGUGGCUGCAUGAGCUGUUAGAGGAAGUGCACACAGCAGAUGAGCGGGCUCCACCUGUGCAGAGCAGAACCCAGAGUCAAACCUUUAGUGGGAAUGCCCUGCCUGAAAAGCCCCCAGGAGCCACUAAAAACCUCCCUGACAGGUUCAGGCUGGACAGAGACAGCUCUAACCUGCCCCAGGAGACCAACAAGGCUCUGGCUUAUAAGGACCAGCCACUCAAAGUGGCCACGAAGAGAAAAAAGAAGGCAAGGUUAGGCCGACGCAGAGAGAGUGAGAACAAGAAGCGGAGGCGGACGCGCUCAGCUACAACUGAGGAGUCUUGAAGGACGCAGUACGAGUCAAAGAGACUUUAAAUUAUGUUUAUCUGGUACUGCACUAAGACUCUGACAUAGUUGCAACUACACCGGGAUCUAAGACACUCGACACAUGACUGAUUCAUAUUAAUUACCUGGGACUGUGCUUGUAUAAUAAUAGUGUGCUCUGUAUUUUCAGUUUCAUUCUUCCUGAGUUUUGUCAUGACAUCCUCUCUGCUCCAUAUUCAUCUGGAAAUCUUUAGGCCUCCAUAUCCCAGAUUUACACCAGAGCAAUGCCAAAUGUUGUCUGCAGCUGUUGAGUGCACAGGCAGAUGAGUGGAGGUUUUAUUUAUUGCCAGAAUAAACUGUUAUCAUGAAUCUUGGAAGAAACGGGGUCUAGUUUGGUAGGCUCCAUAUGUGUUGAAAAUCUUGGACUGAGUAACAUACAAGAUCUUGACUGAGUACAUCUAUCUGGACUGUUCUGCGAUAAUUUAUUUCACUUCAAAAGUGUGUAUUUAUUUUGUGAAUGUAUUGCAGUGCUGCUGACUAAAUUCCAUGAUGCACUUUAGUUAUAUCAUGUUCAUGUUCUUAUGUGGUUGAGUUGUUUUAAUUUGAUGUCUCUUUUUGAUGGUCCUGCUUUUCUUUCCGUCUGGUAAAUUAUUGGAAUGCUUGUUCAAACCCACAGCUACCAUUUGACAUCACAGAUAAUUUAGAUAGAUCGAGUCUGAUUCAGGGGCUGUCAGACUCAUUUAAUGUUCUUCAUUUGCA